AUGGCUCCCAAGAAAGUGAAUAGUGGUAGUGUUAGUGGUGUUAAAUGUAUUACUGUAGAAACGAAGAAGGAAAUAAUAGAUAAACAUGAGAAUGGUUCACGCGUAUCUGAUCUCGCUAUACAGUACAACAUGGCGAAAUCGACUAUCUGUAUCAUCCUAAAGAACAAAGAGGCACAAAAGGCAGCUGAUGUGGCUAAAGGAGUGAUUAUUUUAACGAAGCAGCCUAAAUUGUUAGAUGAGGUUGAAAAAUUAUUAUUAGUUUGGAUAAAUCAAAAAGAGCUUGCUGGAGAUAGUGUUAACGAGACUAUAAUCUGCGAGAAGGCUCUACACAUACACCGUGAUUUGUUGGCAACACCGCCGAGUACAAGUACUGCUCGUGUUGAAGAAUCUAAAGCCAGCAGAGGCUGGUUUGAUAAAUUUCGUCGACGAACUGGAAUCCAUAGUGUAAUAAGGCAUGGAGAAGCAGCUAGUUCGGACAAAAUGGCAGCGGAGGACUUUGUGAAGGAAUUCAAUAAGUUUGUCAAAGAUGAAGGUUAUGUCUCACAUCAAGUUUUUAACUGUGAUGAAACUGGACUUUUCUGGAAAAAAAUGCCCAAAAGGACCUACAUAACCCAAGAGGAGAAGGCACUACCGGACCACAAACCAAUGAAGGACAGGUUAACGCUUUUAUUGUGCGCGAAUGCAAGUGGGGAUUGUAAGAUUAAGCCUCUAUUAGCCUACCACUCUGAAAAUCCUCACGCUUUUAAACGCAAUAAUGUGUUGAAGGCUAAACUUCCGGAAAUGUGGAGGGCGAAUAGCAAGGCUUGGGUCACGCAAAUGAUUUUUAAGGAAUGCUUGACGGAAGUCUUUGCACCAGCUGUCAAGGAAUAUCUUGAAACAAAUAAUUUGCCACUUAAGUGUCUUCUAGUAAUGGACAAUGCUCCUGCCCAUCCUCCAAAUUUGGAAGAAGACUUGGACAUUGAAUACGACUUCAUAAAAGUAAAGUUCCUUCCUCCCAACACCACUCCUCUCAUCCAACCCAUGGACCAGAAUGUCAUUGCAAAUUUCAAAAAAUUAUAUAUGAAGGCUCUGUUCGCCAGGUGUUUCCAGGUCACCAAUGACACAGAUUUGACCCUUGAUCAGUACUGGAAGGACCACUUCAAUAUCCUCCACUGCAUAAGCCUUAUUGAUAAGGCAUGGAACGAGGUCUCUUUCUGUACAUUGCAGUCGGCCUGGAGGAAUCUUUGGCCAGAUUGUGAACCUGAGAGAGACUCCGCGGGUUUAAAGGAGGAGACAUCAGUAAAUGUAGUGAACGAGAUUGUGACCCUGGGCCAAAAUUUGGGCUUGGAGGUUGAUGAGGAUGAUGUGGCGGAGCUGAUGGAGGACCACAUCAAGAACUCAGCACAGAAGAUCUUGUUGAAUUGA